AUGGGGCGCGGGCGCCAGACCUACUCGAUUUGUGCGACCUGCGGAGGCUGGGUCUACGACUGGAAACUGGAGAGGUCAGGAGGGUGGUGCAACAAGUGCCAGUCAGUCAUGCCGGGGUGGAAGCCUAUGGCCCCAGGCACGGCGGCGGCGGACAAGGGCAAGAGCACAGGCAAGGGGCCCCCCUGGCGUAAGCCGUCGGCGGUCCAUGGCACGCUGGCGGAGCUCAGCAGCAUGCUGGAGCGUGUCGAGUCCCUCACGGCGCAGAUGGCGCCGCAGGUGGACCUGGGACCCGUCAAGGCGGUGCAGUCGCAGGUGCAGGCGGCUGCGGCGGCGGCGGCGCCCAAGAAGGAAGUGUCCAAGGAGCUCGAGCUGCGGCAGGCGAUCAACAAGCUCAACCGAUGCCAGCUGGAGGUGGACAGCUCCGCGGCGGCCCUGCAGGAGGCGGAGGACCACGUCAUGCAGCUGCGCACUAAGAACCAGAAGGCCAUCGAGGAUGCAGCAGACGCGGUGCUGGAGCACAAGCGCGCGCUGGCGGCGUACCAGGCGGAGACCGUGUGCCAGGACCCCGAGCCGCCUCAGCAGGCGGACUGGCAGGCACCUGCGGUCGGGGACCUCUUCGACGACCUGGACGAGUAUGAGGAGGAGGACAAGGCCAAGCUGGUCAAGUUCAAGGCAGACAUGGAGGCGCUGGACAAGUUGCUGCAGGCAGCUGCAGGGCAGUUUCGGAAGUUCAGCGAGCUCAAGCAGCAGGCGGACCGUUUUAGACGGCAGGCACAGAAGAAGCGCAAGACCACGGAGGACGAGACCAAGAACGACGCGCAGGAGGCCCAGGAGCAGAAACGCGAGCGGAAGGAGGUCAUUGACAAGAUCAAGAAGCAAGCCGAGCACAAGGUCAGGGGCGCCAAGGCCAAGACCGCCCCCACGGCGUACAGUGACGCGGUGCGGGGUGCAGAGGCUGAUAAGGCCCAUAAGUUCAUCACGGAAGAAGGCAAGCAGAAGGACAUCAUCAUGAUGUGCGAGACGCACGUGGAUCGUGAGCGACUGGAGCAGGUACGUGAAGUGGUGGCACGAGAUGGUUGGAAGCUACAGGGCACGGCGGCGGUGCCUACGAAGCGGUCUGAGAAGGGCACCUUGGGGGGCGAGUUCAUAAUGGCCAGGACUCACCUCGCUUGCACUGGAUACGACCUACUGAGGAAGCGCAUCGUGGACAACGGAGAUGUCGACCCGUUCAAGGGCUUCGCGGCACUCAAUGUCCACACGCGCUCGGGCAACGUCAUCCUGAUCUCGGCCUACCUGGUUCCAGGCGAAGGUUUCACAGGGUCGAAUUACCACAGGAUUCGAUCCCUGUCAGGCUUCAUCAGAUCUCUCACGGACCCAUGGGUGGUCCUGGCUGAUUGGAACAUCCCAGCGGACAGAAUGGAACGCGCUGAGCUACCUGGCAAGCUAGGAGGAGUGGUGCUACGACCAGAUGUUGGCAUCACAUGUGACAAAGGCAAGGGAAGCCUCAUUGACUACGGCAUAGCAAGAGUGGACUUCGCCCCUAGACUCAAGCUGUACGUUCAGGGUCGCGUGCCAUGGCGCACGCAUUGUGGACUCCAGCUAACGAUCGAGGGCACCAAAGAAAGCUGGUGGCAUAGGAAGCUAGUUAUCCCUAAGGCGCUCCCAUACCAGGUGAGACCUCAGAAGGCGGCGGACCCUGACUCCAAGUCGAGCAAGAGGAAGCAGGAAGCGCAGCGACGUCGGCAGCAGGCCCUGGAGGAGCACUUGCAGGAGGCGUACGAGGAUGCGAUGAUACUCGAGCAGCAUGUCCCCGACAGCCAGGGCGCACCAGUGCGGAAGAUGCCCUACUGCGUCUCGGAGGAGCUCUGGGAGCAGAUUGGGAUUGUGGAGCACGAGAUGGAGCUGUCGGAGGAAAUGCACAUCAUAGGUGAGAAGAUGAUCACCAGAGGCACGAAGCACCAGAAGGAUGAGUACCAGUUGACGCAGCAGUAUGGCCGGUGGGUCACCAAAGUGGAGGAGGCGUUCAUCAGGCACGAGCAGCUGGACGAGCAGGAGGCGCAGGGCUGCCAGGGGCGCGCAGCUGGCUUUGAUAUACGAUGGGUGCGAGCAAAACCCACGCCAGGCAGAACCCGCAUGAGGUAUGGCCCUGCGGAAGAAUGGAGUAUAUUGGCAGCAGAUCUGGUCAGAUAUCAGUCACUCUUUGCGAACGGCACCGACGGACAGCAGCAGAGAAUGUGUGUGACACGCAUGCAGAAGCAGCUUGGAGUUCUGAGAGGAUUGCCGCGGAAGGACGCCUUCAGCAAGAAUGUGACUGAGGCCAGCAGAGAGAUGUACUUCGACAUGGCAUCCGACAUAUGGCAGUUGGACGAGGGGAAGCUAGCGAAUCUGGUGGCCCAGACAGAGAAGCACUUGGCGGUGGCGUCGUCCAGAUCUAUGACCUCGGCUCGGAAGAACUUCGCCACCUGGGCAAAAAAGGUAUGGCAGACCAAGGCGGGCAUCCUGCACAGGCAUGUCAAGGCCAAGGACGCGCCCCGUUAUGAGAUGGCCAUCAGGGACGACGUCGCCACAGCAGACCCCACCAUCAUCAUGAACACUAAGGCAGGAAAGUGGGGGACCAUCUGGACGGACCCCGUGGACAGUCGAGCUGACAUCAUUGAGCAGCUGGAGCGCACCAAGCGUAGAGCGUGGGAGGAAGACCUAGACCCCAUAGACAUGGACAUGCUCAAUAGUGCGCUCCGAGCCACAUCGGCAUCCAAAGCGAAAGGUCUGGACCAGCUUGGCCCCACGGAUAUUGACAGACUUCCUGGCCAG